CCCUUUUUUUAUUGGGCCCUGCUUGAUUUCCUUGAACUCUAUAGCUUUUAGUUAUUGCUUUCUGUUUAAUGUUUACUUCUCAGUUUUUGUGGACAUUGACACAAUUGCUCACACCUUUGUGCAAACAUGAUCAGCUUAGACAGUAGACACCAAUCAGUGAACUGACACGUCUCUGUGAACCAGGGGCGGAUCCAGGCACAUGGAUUGGGCUGGGCUGGGCAAAAUUGGGGGUGGGCUGGGCAAAAUUAAUAGUGGGCUACUACUAAAAAAUUAAAACAUUUACACUAUAAAUUUUAAUUUUUUUGUGAGCUGCCCUGGGACUACUAGAUCCGCCACUGCUGUGAACAUUCAACAUAUCCGGCCUUUAUUCCACUAUGUGGGGUUGGCUAUAUGAAUUCUAGACUUCCAUGACUCUGGAACAUUCAAUAAAAGUUAUUUGUAUAGUGCAAUAGAAUCUAUAGACAAGUUCUGGUCAUUACCUAGCACAAGUGAAUUCUAUAGAGAAGUGAUGUUAAGGUUGUAAGUGAAGUGGGAAUGAAGUCUUGUAUUGCAGAAUAGAUGGGAUUUAAGCAAUCAAAGCAUUUCCCUUUGCUUGGUUUACCACCUUUCUUCCUACUAAUUUGAUUUUUUAUUCAGUAGAAUUGAGUUAAAGACGACUACUUCUCUAGUUAUUAUGUGAGUCUGACUUCUGAAACCAAACUCGAUUCACCUCUUCUAAGAGGUCUUCCACGAGUUGAGACCUAGAAUUUCUUUUCAAAUGACCAAAAUGCAGAGAAUCAUUGACAUUUGAGAGUAGAAAAAUAGAUUGAAAUGAUGUGCGAAGAUCAAUUUCUAACCUGGUUUCCCUAAAACCUUUAGAAUUAUAAUUCCUUCCAGUUUGAAACUUGAGCAAUAUAAGUUGUUCAUUCCAGCAUCCGAGAUUUAAGGCUGUUUGGGAAUGGAGGGAGGGUUGAAUCUCAUUUUUGACUUAACUAUGAGUUGUGAUUAGUUUUGUUGCUUUUCCAACCAUAGGAUGCUGAAAGAGGAAAGAGGUACUAUUCUUCGGAUUACUAUUGUACAAUCUAUGAAAUCUAUCCGGAGUAUGCAUAGGAUUGCUCUUUGGUAGGAUAUUAAUAGGACUGAUAUGGGAUUGCAAUCUCCAUUUGGAUUCGAAUUCCACACAUUUUCACUGAGGCCACAUUUUUAGAUAAAAUGAAUGUGGUCUAUUUACUAUCUGUUUUUGGCAGUGGGGCCCUGUGACCUAAAAUAUAGUUUACUUGGAGAUUUCUUCGGUCAUUCUAUGGCAAAAAUCAAAAGCUUGAUCAGAUUACAGCUUGUCUAAUAGCAGACAAGGUAUGUUGCUUUUCUUUCUGUCUUCUUUUCCUCCUUUGCUGCUGCUGCCCUCUGAUGGGAGGAGCAGAAUUUAUCUACAGACUCAGGAGUCUCUGAGUACUCAUCAGGUUAAGGAAGAAGGAACCGAGAAGAAGGUAUCAAUAACAACUGGUUUAGACCCCCUCAACUAACGAGCUGAGCCAAUUCGGUUCGACUGUCGUCUUUUUUUUUUCUCUGUUCGAAUGUUGAGAGUGAUUUGCAUAUCUUUUUCUUUUUUUUUUCUUGUUGUUUAGUAGAUUAAAAUUUUAAACUAUCUAUUUUUCAUGAUUCCAUUUCCUUUUUUUGGGCUUAACUUAGGACUAAUUCCAUGUAUAUUUUGAAGUAUAUACCAUAAUAUACAAAAUUGCUAAGAGUUAUGUUACUAUUCUUGUAGGUCCUAAUGUCCAUUGGUUUUGAAAAUUAUAAAUACUUUUUACAUGUACUAAAAGUGUUUAUAAUUUUGAAAAAGUAGUUGAUAAUUUAUUAAGAAGUGUUGUUAGUUCCGUAAAGAAGUAUUUAUAAUUUUGCAAGUGUUAAAAAUUAGUGUACAAAUAGUGUUCUCGACAUAGUUUUGUAAAGAUUCGAAUACAUUUGUACAUUUUUAAUCAUUCACAUUUGGCCAAUGUGAAUAAUUUGUUAUUUUGUUACAAUUUUAUAUUAUUGUAUUAUUAAAAAAAUAUUUUUAUUUAAAAAAAUCAUAGCUGACCCUACCAAGCUGGGGAUUAUUGUUGAUGUAACAUUUUAUAGGCCAAUCAGGUCUCCUUUAUUUUACCGAAUAGAUGUAUUGAGUUUUUAUAUUCGAAUAUUAUUUAAUUUUUUAUUGAUUUAAGGACGUAACAUUCUCUCUUAUCUAAUUACAUGACAUUUUUGUCAAAAGAUAAACGAAUUUAUUUUGGCCCGAGUAAGCAAUGAAAGGCUUAAGUUUCACUUUGCUAUUAUCUUAUUUUAAACAGUAAUUAUCAAUAAACAAGAUACAUUAAAAGAUUUUAUAUACCAAGUAAUAUUCCUUUAUCUGGAUUGGAAGAAAGCAAGGCAUAAUGUUCAUCCAUCUAACAUAACAAACACAAGAGGGGAGAGACCAAAAUUUCAACCAAUUUAAUAUUUGUGCAUGGGCAUACUAAGACUAUUGUAGCUGGGGGACAAAGUUCAUCAAAUUCACAAACUGAACAUUUCUAUAGAAAUCCUAGGAUUCUCAGCUGAGAAUCCUUCAUUUCUAUGCAAUCUCCUUGUUUUCCUCUUCAACAAUAUGAAUAUCAACGGCUUGCUGUAAAAGGGUCUCUCAUUAUGAUGAUCUAAUUAUCCAUCAAAUAUAGCUAAACCCCACAUUGAAUUGCACAGUAAUGGAGUCUCCUCAGUUCUUCUUCAUCAGCCUGGCACUCGUGUUCACUUUUCUUGCAUCAUGCAACCCUGCCCCCGCCCAUAAUGGUCCUUCAAGCUGUCUCAACUCAACAGAAAGGAAUGCCCUUUUGGCACUCGCAGGUCAAUUCAACAACUCUUUCUUGAAUAGUAACUGGAUUAGCCUUCAAAGUCACACCCCGCAGUGGCAUGGCAUCCGGUGUUCCAACGGCCGGGUCGCUGGAAUUGUGCUGGAAAGCAUGGGGCUGGCCGGGAAAGUCAAGCCUGAUGCGCUUGCUGGGCUCACAGAACUGUCAAUCCUGAGCUUCAAGAACAACUCAAUAUCAGGGAACCUGAUGGACUUGUCACACAACCAGAAGUUGAGGAAGAUUGACUUGUCAGGUAACAUGUUUGAUGGGUUGAUCUCAGAUUCUCUUACAAAACUGAAUUCCUUGGAGACAUUGCAGCUUCAGGACAACAGGUUAACUGGCUCCAUCCCAGAAUUCACGCAGUCCAGCUUGGGAGAAUUCAAUGUAUCAAACAACAGGCUCUCAGGGCCAAUAGCCAACACUGGAGUUCUUCAAUCCUUCAGCUUCUCGUCGUUUUCGGGUAACCGGGAACUUUGCAGUUCGCCGUCUUUUGCUGCCUGCAAAAUUGCCAACAACACGACAUCUAGUGGUGGUACCAACAAUGGAGAUUCUUCACCGUCCAAGUCUCCCUAUGGUCCAGUUUUCUUGGCUCUUGGAGUCGUUGGCUUCGUCUUCCUGUCAUUCCUUUCCGUCAUCUACUUCCGGAAGUCCAGGAGGCUGAAGAGAAAAACGAAGAAAAGAAGCUCUGUCUCAAGAGAGGCGGUGGUGGAGAAGAUUGACGAGAAGAAGGAAGUGGAAGCAAGCGAACGAUGUGAUAAGGGCAGCCUUACUUUCAUCGGCGAAGAAGGCGAUGGCGGUUUCGAGCUGAAUGAUCUUCUCAAAGCCUCGGCAGAAGGACUGGGAAGAGGAAACUUUGGCAAAUGUUACAAGGCUGUGCUGAAUGAUGGAUCGGCCAUGGUUGUGAAGCGGCUAAGGGACUUGAAACCUCUGAGCCAGGAUGAGUUCACGAAGCAACUGGAAGCCAUAGCUGAUCUGAAGCACCCAAACUUGUUGCCCCUGACGGCCUUCUGCUACUCCAAAGAUGAGAAACUGUUGGUCUGCAAGUUCGCCUCAAAUGGCAACGUGUAUAACCGCAUUCAUGGAGGAAGAGGAACGAAGGAGAGAGUUCCGUUUCGGUGGAAUCAAAGAUUAUCAGUGGCUCGAGGUGCAGCCAGAGCUUUGGAGUAUCUCCACCACAGCCCCAUUAGUAAUCCACAAGCCAUUGUUCCCCAUGGCAACUUGAAAUCCACCAAUGUUCUUCUCGACGGUAAUGACAGAGUCUUGGUCUGUGAUUACGGCCUCGGCUCGCUCGUUUCACUUCCCCUUGUGGCUCAGCGCAUGGUGGCAUACAGGUCACCAGAGUACUUGAGCCAUAAGAGAGUGUCCAAGAAAUCUGACGUCUGGAGCUACGGCAGCCUCCUCCUCGAGCUGCUCACCGGCCGGAUGUCGGCUCUGGCGGCGCCGCAGGGUGUUGGCAACGCCGUUGAUCUCGCUAGUUGGGUUCACAGGGCGGUGAGGGAGGAGUGGACGGUGGAGGUUUUUGACCUCGAAAUAUUGGCGCAGAGGAGCGCCAACCAUUCAAUGCUGAGGCUGCUGCAGAUAGCCAUCCGGUGCUGCGACAAGUCGCCGGGAAAGAGGCCGGAGAUGAGUGAGGUGGCCAGGGAGGUUGAGAACAUAAAGAUGGCUGUGGAUUCGGAGGAAGAAGACGACGGCUCUGUGGACCAAUCGUUCACGGAUGAUUCACAAGUUUCGGCCUAAUUUUUCUUCAGAGCUCUCUCCCUUGUUACAGUACAGAUUGUUGGUGCCAUGUGAAAAAGUACCAGUGGCCAUGGCCAAAAUGCAAUUCAUGAAUCAUGGCUAUUGACCCUUCUGAUUACACUUGUUGAUGUUUGUGAAUAAUUGUGAUAAUAAUAAAGCUAGACCUUUGCAUAUAUUGCUGAGCUUUGUAUGCCCCCUUUUUUUGGGGAAUAUGAAAAAUGUCGAAUAAAAUGCUUACAAACAAGACUAGUAUAAUUCACGUGUAACUUUAAUCGAAACAAUCUUUUAAUUAUUGAUGGAGAAAUAUAUAAUUUUAAAUAAAAUUAUAUAAAUAUUAUUCUUAGAAUUUUCUAAAAGUAAUAAUUAUUUCAAGAUACUUAAAUUUAAAUAGAAACAAACAAAUACUAAAUACUCUAAAUCUAAGUUAAGAUUUAAUAUAAGAGAUAACUGAAUUUAAAUUUAUAUUCAAACUCAAAUCUUUAAUACCUUUUGUCAAAACUGACAUAUAAAAUAAAAUUUAAUCGUCUAUUUGAUUUAAUCAUAACCCUCUAUUAACUCUACAACACGUUUAUAUAAAUACACAACACAAUUUUCACGAACUAAAUAUAUCAUCUUUUACAUACUAUUAUUUUGCUCCACCUUUAGCAUCGAGAUUGACUUGAUCGUUGAAAAUUUUGUCAAGAAAUUAAACCACUUUUUCUUUUCUUUCUUUUUUUUUUUUUUGUAAGUUGAGCAAAUUUUAGAUCAUUUUCAUAAAAAAUCUGACUCUCAAAAGGUUGAUUUCCAUGCUGCUGAUUCACCAUCCAAAUAAAUUUGGGAAUGAAAACUAUAUCGAAUAGAGGAUACGUGCUUUUUUUUUUUUCCCAAGAACUCUAAAAAGGAACUGCUUGCCAUGCGUUUGAUAAUAUGUGUGGUCUAUUAGAGAAGCAAAUCUUUGAAGCUAUCAUCUGUAUACACCAGGCUAGUAACUUGUUGAUGCGACCAACGAAUGGCAACUUGAAAGCUCUCCUCCCUUGAUACUGCUCCUUGAAUCCAUCGACACCCUUCCCUUGGCACCUCACCUCUGGAAGACUAGGGAAGCAUACAAGUGCACUAAACGUGAAGAGGGUUAAAUGAACUGAGACAUAACAAUGGAAGAACCAAAUGUCAGUCACAACCCCCCCCCCCCACAAGCCUAA